CACUGUCUCUUCCUCUGCAGGUGGAUCAACUGUCUGAUUACAGCCAUCCAAAAACACAAGAAGUUCCACAAAGGGCCGCCGGACAGCGAAGAGGGUAGGAGAAGCUUUACAUGAAAUGUUGAGAUUUAAUUGGAUGAAGAUAUUUUGUCACCAUUUUCCAUCUUACAGUCGUCCCUGACAGUAGCCAAAUCAAAAAAUACAUUAGAGGCUGGUUUCCUGGCCUACUCCAGGACUAGAAAGUUUAAAUGGAGAUUCUCUAUUGUGCAUGAUUUUGCUUAUCUGUGUCUGGGUAACCAUCCAAAUGUGUUUUAAAAAGGAGAAUAAUAUAUAAUAAUAAUUAAAUAAAAUAAAAUGUUAUAAAAUGUUAUGUCACAUGCGCCGAAUACAACAGGUGUAGGUAGACCUUACCAUGAAAUGCUUACUUACAAGCCCUUAACCAAAACUCUGUUUUCUUAAAACGGCAUUGAAGAAAAUAUUUACUAAAUAAACUAAAGUAAAAAAAUUAAAGUAACACAAUAAAAUAACAAUAAUGAGGCUAUAUACAGGGGGUACCGGUACCAAGUCAAUGUGCGGGGGUAAAGGUUAGUCAAGGUAAUUUGUACAUGUAGGUAGGGGUAAAGUGACUAUGCAUAGAUAAUAAACAGCGAGUAGCAGCAGUGUAAAAACAAAGGGGGGGGGGGGGGGGUCAAUGUAAAUAGUCUGGUUGGCCAUUUGAUUAAUUGUUCAGCAGUCUUAUGGCUUGGGGGUAGAAGCUGUUAAGGAGCAUUUUGGACCUAGACUUGGGGCUCCAGUACCGCUUACCGUGCAGUAGCAGAGAGAACAGUCUAUGACUUGGGUGACUGGAGUCAUUGACAAUUUUUUGGGCCUUCCUCUGACACUGCCUAGUAUAUAGGUCCUGGAUGGCAGGAAGCUUGGCCCCAGUGAUGUACUGGACCGUACGCCCUACCCUCUGUAGCGCCUUACGGUUGGAUGCUGAGCAGUUGCCAUACCAGGCAGUGAUGCAACCGGUCAGGGUGCUGUCGAUGGUGCAGCUGUAUAACCUUUUGAGGAUCUGGGGACCCAUGCCAAAUCUUUUCAGUCUCCUGAGGGGGAAAAGGCGUUGUCGUGCCCUCUUCACGACUUUCUUGGUGUGUUUGGACCAUGAUAGUUUGUUGGUGAUGUGGACACCAAGGAACUUGAAACUCUCGACCCACUCCACUACAGCCCUGUCAAUGUGAAUGGGGGCGUGUUCGGCCCACCUUUUCCUGUAGUCCACAAUCAUCUCUUGCUCACGUUGAGGGAGAGGUUGUUGUCCUGGCACCACACUGCCAGGUCUCUGACCUCCUCCCUAUAGGCUGUCUCAUCGUUGUCAGUGAUCUGUUAUAAUAUAUAUAUACCUUAUAAUAUAUAUAUAUAUAUACAUACAGUGCAUUCGGAAAGUAUUCAGACCCCUUGACUUUUUCCACAUUUUGUUACGUUACAGACUUAUUCUAAAAUGGAUUAAAUAAAAAUUUUCCCUCAUUAAUCUACAAACAAUAGCCGAUAAUGACAAAGCGAAAACAGGUUUUUAGACAUUUUUGCAAAUGUAUUAAAAAUAUAAAACCGAUACAUUAUUUACAUACAAUACCAGUCAAAAGUUUGGACACACCUACUCAUUCAAGGGUUUUUACUAUUUUUUACAUUGUAGAAUAAUAGUGAAGACAUCAAAACUAUGAAAUAACACAUGGAAUCAUGUAGUAACCAAAAAAGUGUUAAAAAUAUAUAUAUAUAUUUGAUAUUCUUCAAAUAGCCACCCUUUGCCUUGAUGACAGCUUUGCACACUCUUGGCAUUCUCUCAAGCAGCUUCAUGAGAUGCAUUUCAGUUAACAGGUGUGCCUUCUUAAAAGUUAAUUUGUGGAAUUUCUUUCCUUCUUAAUGCGUUUGAGCCAAUCAGUUGUGUUGUGACAAGUUAGGGGGGGUAUACAGAAGAUAGCCCUAUUUGAUAAAAGACCAAGUCCAUAGUAUGGCAAGAACAGCUCAAAUAAGCAAAGAGAAAUGACAGUCCAUCAUAUCUUUAAGACAUGAAGGUCAGUCAAUACGGAACAUUUCAAGAAAUUUGUGCAGUCGCAAAAACCAUCAAGCGCUAUGAUGAAACUGGCUCUCAUGAGGACCACCACAGGAAUGGAAGACCCAGAGUUACCUCUGCUGCAGAGGAUAAGUUCAUUAGAGUUACCAGCCUCAGAAAUUGCAGCCUAAAUAAAUGCUCAAGUCACACACACAUCUCAACAUCCAUUGUUCAGAGGGGACUGUGUGAAUCAGGCCUUCAUGGUCGAAUUGCUGCAAAGAAACCAUUACUAAAGGACACCAAUAAGAAGAAGAGACCUGCUUGGGCCAAGAAACACGAGCAAUGGACAUUAGAUUGGUGGAAAUUUGUCCUUUGGUCUGGAGUCCAAAUUGGAGAUGUUUGGUUCCAACCCCUGUGUCUUUGUGAGACGCGGUGUGUGUGAACGGAUGAUCUCCGCAUGUGUAGUUCCCACCGUAAAGCAUGGAGGAGGUCGUUUUAUGGUGUGGGGGUGCUUUACUGGGGACACUGUCUGUGAUUAGACCACUGCGCCACUCGGGAGUACAAGCACACAGCCAAGACAACGCAGGAGUGGCUUCGUGACAAGUCUCUGAAUGUCCUUGAGUGGCCCAGCCAGAGCCGAACUUGAACCCAAUCGAACAUCUCUGGAGAGUCCUGAAAAUAGCUGUGCAGCGACGCUCCCCAUCCAACUUGACAGAGUUUGAGAGGAUCUGCAGAGAAGAAUGGGAAAACUCCCCAAAUACAGGUGUGCCAAGCUUGUAGCAUCAUACCCAAGAUGAAUCUAGGCUGUAAUCGCUGCCAAAGGUGCUUAAAAAAAAGUACAGAGGAAAGGGUCUGAUAUAAUUUUUUCCAUUUUUAAUACUUUUGAAAAAUAUUUUUGUUUUGUCAUUAUGGGGUUUUGCAUGUAGAUUGAUGAGGGGGGAAAAACAAUUGAAUACAUUUUAGAAUAAGGCUGUAAUGUAACAAAAUGUGGAAAAAGUCUAGGGGUCUGAAUACUUUCCGAAUGCACUGUAUAUAUUAAUAAUAAUAAUAUAUGCCAUUAAGCUGACAUUUUCUAUCCAAAGCCACUAACAGUCAUGUGUGCAUAUUUAUUUUCUUCGUAACAGUGUCGCAAGCGGGAUCGAACCCACGACCCUUGCCGCUGUAAGCGCAAUUCUCAGGACAACAGAUCUGGACAAGUGGAAAUAAUAAUGCUAAGGUUGAUUUGUGUCUUUGUGGACAGAGUGUUACAGUGAGACAGAGUCAGAAGAUGAGGGGUCUUCUCCUUCUCCACGCAGAAACAAGAUCAACACGGUGAUGAGAACCACACAAACACAUGCAGUGUUUCUGUCUUUUUGUGUUUUGAUGUCUGCCUUAUUCUGCACCGUACACUAUCCUUUUUUAAUUGAUUCUUUAUUGCCACACUUGUCUCUUGUAACUUGCCAGGCCAUCAUCGUUCCGGUAAAUAACAAUUUGUUCUUAACCGACUCAUGCCUAGUAUAGAGCCCAGAGUUUUUUUCUCAUCAUAUGACAUGGUCAGGAAAAACUCCUGGCUCUAGUAAUGCCGUAGAAUAGAGGUCCAAGUCAGAAGUCUCCCUAGUCUGCAACACUUACCUGUUCUCUGUUGCUGCUCUCGUUCUCUCGUUCUCCCUCUCUCCCUCUCUCUCUCUCUCGUUCUCCCUCUCUCUCUCUCGCGCGUUCGCUCUCUCUCUCGUUCUCGCUCUCUCUCUCGCUCUCUCACUCUCUCUCGUGCUCGCUCUCGCUCUCGUUCUCGCUCUCUCACUCUCUCUCUCGCUCUCUCUCUCUCGCUCUCUCACUCUCUCUCGUUCUCGCUCUCUCUCGCUCUCUCUCUCUCGCUCUCCGUUCUCCUCUCUCUUCUCGCUCCCUCUCUCCUCUCUCUCGCUCCCUCUCUCUCUCGCUCCCUCUCUCUCCUCCCUCUCUCUCUCUCUCGCUCCCUCUCUCUCUCUCUCGCUCCCUCCCUCUCUCUCUCCCUCUCUCGCUCGCUCGCUCGCUCCCUCUCUCCCUCCCUCUCUCUCUCUCGCUCCCUUUUACCCUUUCCCACCUCUCUCCCUCUCUCUCCGUCCCUCCCUCCCUCCACUCAUAAAAAAAGCAAGUGAUGUUCCAUACUAAUCUAAUGUGUUGUGUUUGAUGGACACCAGAAAAGCCUCUCCAACACACUGCCUCGGGCCAGGAAGGACAAGGACAAGGACAAGGGCAAGGACAAGGACAAAGAGAAGAAGAACAAGAUGCCGGUUCCUGCUCCACCCAAAGGGCGCAGCAGAAGCCCAGGUACUUUACAGUAGAGCACAGCACUUCUGUUUCACCACAAGAUGGCAGAAGAGUCAUAUAGGCCUAUAGGGGGGAGUCAAUUAGCUGAUGUUCCAUUGAUGGAUACAUUUUAAUUUCUCCCAGAUGGCUCCAAUAUUCUGGGGGCUUCGCCAACUUCAUCAUGUCUGUUUUCUUCCUGUCUCUCCCCAGUGUCUUCAAAAUGUGCCACCAGCGAUUCUAUAAUGUGUUUGUGUCUGGCUCCUUUAUAUGUCCUGAUAUCUAAUCAGCCCCCCUCCUUCUCAAUAAGUUAUAUUGGUGUGGAAAGCAUGAAAAAAAUACAAUGCCAAAAGUGAGUUACAACAACAACAUAUUCUCUCUCUCUGUACAUCUCUCUCUCUCUCUUCCCCCCUCUCUCUACCCCCAAUCCCCCAUCCCACCAGGAGCUUCGGAGGAUGAGAUGGGCGUGCUGUUCCACCGGCUGAAAGAGGACGGCGUGACCCUGAUCGGCAGCGACCAGCUCACAACUCACGACCAAUUCCGCAAGUCCUUCAUCCGGCGCAACAAGAACCCGGUCAUCAACGAGAAGGCCCACACGCUCCGCGCGCUGCAGAGCACCCUUAAGGUUUGGGUUGACCCUCAGAGCUCAGAGCCUCUUCAGCUAAGCAGUGUUCCAUGGACGUGACCUACAUCGCUACUUAUGUGACCUCUUUUGUAUAAGUGCCCUAUAUGGGGAUUCUAUCCACAAGUAGUCUCACCUUUGACCGAUGGUAUGCUCUUAAUGGUGUUUUAAUUUGUUCUCUUUCAUACUCUUGAGCACUCUCUCCACGUAGUGUGACCUUCGACCUAUGUUGUUUUCUAAAUUGGGUCGUCUUUGAAAGAAGAUCUCUUUCCACAAGUGGUUUUCCCCAUGACCUAGAAUGUUGUGAAACAGCAGGAGGUAUGGCCCUGUCUGUGUGACUUGACCCGGGAAAAACUCCUGUCCCCAGGUCACGUAGCCAGGGAAAACUCCUGACCCUAGUUAUAGUGUACGAAUAUGAACAUUGAGUUUAUUAUAUAAUGCAACAUUUUACAGUUUUACAGCGUCCAUUGUGUCUACUUUAUAAAUCACUCUACUCAGGAAAGAGCUAGGAGACGAGGAUGUUAGUUGGUCAAUGUUGAAAAUGUUAAUUGUUAAUGUGAAUGACCAUCUGUUCUGAAUGUGCUUCUAGGAUAAAGAGGCGGAGCUCCAACUCAUUAACAAGGUUCUGGAGGACUCUGAGCUGACGUCACAAAAGUACCGCCAGUGGAAAGAACAUAACGAAGACCUUCACCUGGUGAUUGAGAAACUGGCCGUCCAACGGGCCAAAGCUGUAGCCAAGGCAAGGGCGGGGCAUAAAGAGGACCAGGACACGCCCCGUGGACCGUCGCCCGUGGAGCAGGUCGCUGUGGAGACUGAGGGCGCGUGUGGACUGAGCCUUAGUGACGGGGAGAUGCUGGUGGAUGCGGAGCCGUCGUUGUCAAGCCCAGGGAAGAAUGUGGGUUACUUGGAUGUAGAGCCACAGUCGGAACACUCAUCGACUGCGGAGAGCAGCACAGACAAACCCAACAGCACCACAGCAGACGGAGCUAGUCCAGCUAGCCCAGAGAAUUACUUCUACAUAUGAGACCCCACUGGACUGAUUUGAUGAUGGUUUUUCUAGUUUCCAUCAGGGAUUAUUAUGAUAAGGGCCUGGAGUUUUUCCCAACCAUAUGACCUAAGCAGGAAAAACUAAUGGCUCUGGUUACAGCUGUGAUUCGAUUCUGGUCAGGUCAUGUGGUCAGGAAAAAGUGUGGGCCCUCAGGGUUUUUGCUCGGUUUUGAAUUAUUUUUGUCUGUAUUGUUGAUAUAGGAAAGACUGGGUUUGUCUAUCCAAACCUGAAUUCAAGUUACGGUAUUCAUAUAACAAAAAACUAACAAUUUUGCCAAGUGUCAUUCUGUUGAUAGAUAUAUACUGUAUUCAUGGGAUGUUAUGGUCUGUCUUAGUUUUCUACUGUUGCAUUUAGAUGUAAGAUUUUAAAGGAGAUUUUAAAUGUACAUAUGAUUUUUAAAUAUCAUGCAACAAGAUGUAUUGGAGUUUAAAACUUAGAUUGUAUACAUUCUUGCACAGAAUAAGGUCCGAUCUUGCCUCAUGUACAACGUUAUGAAAAUUGUUAUUAUAGAUCAAAGACAAUGCUUGUGCGUACUUGCGUGUUUUCAGCUGGGUUUGUCCAAUGCAUCUUGAAUACACUGAGGGUACAAAACAGGAACACCUUCCUACUAUUGAGUUGCACACUUUUUUGCCCUCAGAACAGCCUCAA